GGAUCUUCUCUUUCUGUUGGUGAGCCGCACGCGUGCAGCACGUUCCGUUGAUUGCGUCGCAGAAGAAAAUCCCAGCGACGGCUUAAACCGUUUUCCAGUCAGCGUUUAGUUGCGGAAUUUAGUGUUUUUGUUGAAUCCGGUCCUGUUCGGCGUCCGUAGUUCUCCGUUUACUUUUCCGGUGAAAACGUAAUCCCGAAUUUUCCCGCAAAUUGCGCUACGACGUUUACCACCACAAACAAGCAAUCUCUCGGGUGCGGCGGACAUACCCGAGUUUCGCUCUCAUAAAUAUUUCCCACUUGCGGGAAAUUCGAAGUCGGUCUUCACCGGAGCGGACCGAGUCGAAAAGUCACUUCUUCGCCUGCGGUCUUGUUCGCAGUGACAAAUUUCGAGUGGCGGCGUGUGAGCGUUGUGCGAGUCGGGGUCGUGAAAUUAAUAAAAUUCGCUUGGUGAGAUUACCCCCCGUCUGCUGGUGUCUUGGCGUCUAUAAUCCGGAAGUAACAGGACGAAAUCUAGCAAAAUGAAAAUUUGGACAUCGGAACACACUUUCAACCAUUCAUGGGAAACAGUGGCACAAGCGGCAUGGCGCAAAUAUCCAAACCCAAUGAAUCCAGCCGUUAUUGGAACAGAUGUUGUUGAACGAAAGGUUGUCGAUGGUGUCUUGCAUACGCACAGAUUAGUCAGUUCAAAAUGGUAUUUCCCGAAAUGGGCACAAGCGAUACUGGGCACCGCUAAAGUGUGUUACGCCAGUGAAAAAUCAACAGUAGAUCCAAAAGAGCGACAAAUGACAUUAAAAACAAUAAACUUAACAUUCUGUAGGCAUAUUUCCGUAGAUGAAGUUUUAUAUUACACACCACAUCCGACUGACCCCUCGAAAACGCUACUCAAACAAGAAGCAACAGUUACCGUCGAAGGAGUGCCACUUAGCCGAUAUAUGGAAGACCUACUUACGUCCAAGAUUAGUGUGAAUGCUGGUAAAGGUCGGCAAGGCUUAGAAUGGGUUAUAGCCAAAUUAAAUACGGAGAUUUCAUCCCAGGUUAAGGGCAUUGCCGAAUCAGCAGCACGAAGCACAGACGGCCUAUUGUCACAUACAAAGAAAUCCCUCGACGACAUGACUGAGAGUGCGCGAAAGAGCAUGGACGACCUCAGUGCAACAGCAUCGAAACAUAUUCACAUCUAGCGUUCCUAACUGAAUACCAAAUCAAGUUCCGACAUUCUUAUUUCCUUUUGUCUGCCGCGUCAUUUUAUAAAUGCCGUCGCGUAAUAUGAAAGACAGAAAUUAGUAAGGACAAACGACACGGAAGUUAGAGAGGUUGUUGAAUGCAGAGAAUUUACGAGUGCAUAUAAUAUGUCAAAGAGUGUUUUGCAAAUUUUCGAAUAAUAAAAGUGACGAUAAAGAAUCAUUUCUUUUUGAGAGAGAAAAAGUAUCCAAUUGUCUAAAGAAUAGGUCACAGAAGCAUUCGUGUAGAAUAUCAUUUAACACAUGAGCAAGCAAUGUUGAAUAUCGUCUAAGUGUAGGAAGCAUUUGUAAACAAAGUACAGAACUGAAAAUACUGUUCACAUUAAUAUAUAGCUUGAAUGUGACAAACAUUCUAUCCAUGUUAGCUGGAUAACUGAUUUUGUGAAAUUAUGAGUUGUCAUGAAAGUUCUAUAAUUCUAUUUACUAUUAGUGCAGCCGUUUGAGUACCACCAAAUGAAUGUCAAAGCUCUUUGCGUACAAUAAUCCUUUUUUGCUGCAAUGUUUCGAAAACCAGCAAAUGUGAUUUCGUUUUAUAAGUAAAUUAUUUUGUCUGUCGAA